AUGGCUGGUGUCAAGCGUCGUGUCGACGUCGCCGAGGACCGCAAUGGAAAGCGGAGCAAGAGUCAAACCUCCGCAUCGGUGAAGAAGUCCAAGACAGCGGUUCCCUCGAAGAAGACUGCUGCGCCGUUCGACAAGAAGGGUACCAAGUCUGGAAAAUUCGACAAAAAGGCCUCCAAGAAGGCUGCGAAGGAAGACUCGGAUGAUGAUGAGGACGACUUCGACAUGGACGAUCUUUCAUCGGACGACGGCGCCGACAACGAUGAUGAGUUUGAGGCUUUGAAUGACGACUCUGAGGAUGAGGAUAUGGAGGAUGUGAACGAUGAGGAGGAGGAGGAGGAGGAGGAGGAAAAAGCUUCAAAGAACGCCAAGUCUAGUCAGACUUCUACACAAAAAGGCAGCCCCCAAAAUGGCGAUGAGACGACAAAGAAUAACAACUCUCGCGAGUCACACAUAAAGCAGAAGGCUCUCCAACAGGAGCGCAAGAUGGCUAAGCCCAACGCCGACAUGAUCGCGCGAUCCAAGAAACUCUGGGAGCAACUACGCCGCAAAUCACACGUGCCUUUGGAGCAACGCAAGAAGCUCAUCAAGGAGUUGUUUGAGAUUGUUACUGGCCGCGUGCGCGACUUCGUCUUCAAGCACGACUCGGUUCGUGUCAUUCAGACCGCUCUCAAGUACGGCAACCUUGAACAGCGCAAGCAAAUCGCGCAGGAAUUGAAAGGCAGCUACAAGGAGCUGGCACAGAGUCGCUACGCCAAGUUCCUGGUUGGUAAAUUGAUCGUGCACGGAGACUCGGAGACUCGGGACUUGAUCAUCCCCGAAUUCUACGGACACGUCAAGCGUCUGAUCCGUCACCCGGAAGCUUCAUGGAUUCUUGACGAUAUCUAUCGUACAGUGGCCUCCAAGGAGCAGCGUCGACGAAUUCUGCGUGAGUGGUAUGGUCCCGAGUUCGCCAUCUUCGCGGAUGAGAAGGAGACGUCGGAGCUGUCUCAGAUCUUGGAGGCGCACCCGGAGAAGCGGGGACCCAUUAUGCACUUCUUGCAUGAACUCAUUAACCACAUGGUGCAGAAGAAAACGACGGGUUUCACACUCUUGCAUGAUGCUAUGCUGCAAUAUUUCUUGAACACCAAGCCCGGGAGCACCGAGGCGACCGAGUUUAUCGAGCUACUCAAGGGCGACGAGGAGGGUGAUUUGGUCAAGAACUUGGCCUUUACAGCAUCUGGAUCGCGAGUGAUGUCUCUCGCUUUUGCGUAUGCAAACGCCAAGGACCGCAAGUUGCUCCUUCGAUUCUACCGAGAUACCAUCAAGGCGAUGGCUGGAGAUGUGAACGGACACAUGGUGCUCCUCGCCGCCUACGAGGUCAUUGACGACACCAAGUUGAGCGCCAAGUCCAUUUUCUCAGAGUUGUUGAACCAGAAUGAGUCCGAGGAGGUGCGCCACGAGGAGCUCUAUCACCAGGUCAACGACCUAGUCGCUCGUGUUGCGGUGCUCUUCCCUUUUGCCGGUGACCGCGUCAAGUGGCUGCUGCCCGAGGCCGAUCUGGAAGUUCUGAAGGAGGUUCGUGAAGUCCGCAAGGAGACCUCGAAGAAGGACCCCACUGUGCGGCGAAGUGAGUUGGCUGCCGCAGCCUCUCCCACCAUGCUGGAGUUCAUCGCCGCUCGUGCCGAGUCUCUCUUGGAGACUUCCUUUGGCUGCCAGUGCAUUGGUGAGGUCCUCUUCGACGCGACGGGAGACAAGAGCGCCGCACUGAAGGCCGUGGCGCAAGCCGCCAAAUCCGAGUCGGAGAAGCGCGAUUCGGCUGCCUUUGGUCGUCUGCUCAAGUCUCUUGUUCAGGGAGGUCGGUACAACCCCGCGACCAAGUCUGUGGAGAAGGUUUCUCCGCCUCUGAACUUCCACGACCUGUUGUAUGAGCAGAUUCGCGACGAGGUUGUGGAGUGGGCCACAGGUCCCAACACCUUUGUCAUUGUUGCCAUGGCCGAGUCGGAUGACUUCCAAGGCCAGGCGGAGCUGCUCAAGACCUUGAAAAAGAACAAGAAGGCCUUGACCAAGGCCGUGGAUUCUGCCAAGGGUGAGAAGAAGGCGGGGCCCGCGGCCAGCGGUGCCAAGCUGUUGCUCGAGAAGUUAUAG